CCUAUACAUUAAUAGAUAAUUUGAUAUUUCACCGGUCAGUUUUCGAAAUGAUUACGCAAUUUUACCUCAUCAUAUACGUUGUUUUCUAUGUCAGUUGCAUUUCUGCUGAAGGUUACACAAACAACUGCAAAUCUGAUGAGCUUCAGCAAAUUACAACGCCAUUUGAUGGAACCUGUAAUGAAAACGAUAAACAUUGCAAGGAAUUCAUUUUUACUUCUGAGAAUCUGCAUGAUCUUGAAAAGCAAGUAGCUGAAUUUGCCGAAAAUAGUAUUUUUCAGACACCUAAUCACCAAAAACCCACUGCAAGCACUUUGUCUCCACCUGAACAAUUAACAUCUGCAUCCGCCAAUACAGAUUGUCCUGGCUCAAUUUAUCACUUUCCUAACGACAACCAAACCACGGAUUACGUUACAGUUAAUAUGAUUCAAAAUAUCCCCGAGAUUGAGGAAUUAUCAGUCUGUGCAUGGUUGACUCCACUUCCAGGAAAGCGGCUUUCCGGAGCUGUAUACAGUUAUUUCAUGAGUGAGAGCUUAAAUGGAAACGGUUUUCUUAUAUUUUUCAACGAUAACGCACCUUUUAACCUUGAAGUGUAUGUGAAUUAUGAGAAACGCGAGACUUUACCAACAUUUGGGAAUAUCUUUUUUUAUAAAUCUCAUAUAUGUUUACUUGUAUCCACUAAAAACAAUGAUGUGAGUUUGUAUGUAAAUGGCAGCUUUGUGAAGACAGAAGGAUUUAGUGUUGAUAAAAAACCUAUUCGUGGAAACGGGAAAGUCAUACUGGGGCAGGAACAAGACCAAGACGAAGGAGGGUUUCAAGCAAGUCAAGCUUUUUCUGGGACGAUAAAAAACCUUAUUGUUUGGGAUCAUAAAAUAAGCAAGAAAAAAAUUGAACAUUUAUACAAAACUCAAUGUAUUUGCCCACAGGAUUACGUCAUGGCUCCAACUCAGAAUGCUGUAAAAAUUCAUGGCAAUGUUGAGGCGAAUUAUAUAACUCAAUGUUAAUACUUUUUGAAAGACUGCAAUCAUUUUUGACGUAUUUGAAUAUCACUUUCUUUCACAAAAUUGGACAUAGAAAUGUGUAGGCUACACUAUGCACAAAUGUUCAUCGAAAAUUCCAUACAGCAAACUAACUAGCCUUUCUGGCAAUUCAACAAAAUUGAUAUUUUAUUUUGGACGCAUAAAAUAAAGUUAAUAAAUAAUAUGUGGCGGAAAUGACAUGUUUCUAAAAAAAUUUUGUUUAAAGUUUAUUAAAAAAAUUUCAAACUUUUUUUGUAGUUUUGAGUUGUCUUUUAUCUAUUUACGACCUAUUUGUAAAAUAUUUGCCAUUCAUUCUUGCUGACUCCAAAUAAAGUUUAA